AUGCUAACUAAAUGGAGAAAUAAGCUUCUUAUUGAAUAUAUAAUAUAUAGGGAAUGGCUUUGUGGGCCUAAUAAUAAAGGCCAAAAUAAUUUGGAAGAAGACAGUUAUUGUAUUAAUUCAUACCUAGAUGAAGCUUGGAAAGAAAUAAAUAAAUAUUAUUGGUAUGGGGAGGAGGCUUUAUUAAUAAUUAUUAAUUCUGAAGGAGAAGAGGAAGAUAUAAUUUGGAAUAUAAUUUUUAAAAUUUAUUUGGAGCCGGAGGAGUAUUCUACCUCUCAAUUAGAUGCAACGGCAUAUCCCUCAUUCCUACAAGCAUCCUUGGAUGCUUUAAUGUCGCUUUAUAAUAAAAAAGGGAGCGAAGAAUUUAAAAACGUUGAAGAAUGGCACAAAUUUUUAUUAAAUAAAAAUAAGGGAAGAUCAUUCUUUAAUAGAGGGCGAUGGAAUGAUUUAAUUAAAACAAAUCUGAGAAAAAAUAAUUUAUUAAAAAAUAAUAAAGGAAGGAGGCAUAUGCAUACAGCAAAAUUAUUAAAUUUACUAAAAGAGAAUAAUGAAGAUAUAAAUCCUGAAAUAUUAAAAAUUCGUGAAACCAUACUUUCAGCUACACCAUCGGAUCUAGAGGCAAUUACGGAUUGCUCUGCCCAAAGCUUGAUAGAUUUAUCCUGCAAUGUGGGUGAUAAUUUAACUGAGACUGUUUCUGAAUCUAUCAGUGAAAUAAGUGAAUCGAGUUCAAUUCCAAAAAAUGGUCAAAGCUUUGAAAGUCCCUCAACUGACACUUCAAUUUUAAAUUAUCGAGAUAAUGCAAAUGAAAUUGAAGAAGUAUUAGAUACUAAUACUACAACAGAUGAUAAUAGCUCUAUAUUUUUACAAGAUAUUAGUACCUCAGAAGUGGGUACCUCAGUAAGUAUACCGUCAAAUUCGCCUUCAUUUCUGCAGCAUUUGGAUUAUGAAAUGAAAGCUUUUAUUAAUUUUGAGGACUUAUUUGCUAAAAUGACAAAUAAAAAAGAAAUAUCGGAAGAUUAUUUACUACAAAUGUUUUCGCUUUUAAUUGAAACAAAUGAGCAUAUUGAAGUUUUGAUUUUUCAAAAACACUUUUUAAUUUACCUAAAUAUUGCCAUAAUAGUAAAAACUAUUGAGGAAGGACUGAAACUUGAAAUAUUCUUCGGGGAUAAUAUUAAAAAUUUUAAAUUUGUCAAUGAGCUAUGGAUAGAAUUUAAAGAGAAAAUUUUAAAUAUGUCUAAAAAUGAAGAAAUCGGUAUAGAUGUGGAAGAAAAAAGAUUAAAUUAUAUUCUAAAAUUAGUUUAUCGCUUUUUGUAUAACAGUAAAAAUUGGGGAAAUUUGUCAAAUGAAUGGACAAAAAGGUUUGUACACAUCGGGGAAGGGUCAGGUACCUAA